ACCCUUCGUGGGGUGUACUUCACUGUAAAACGUCAUCGCAAUAAGCUUGCCUUCUAUCUACCCUUUGCUUGCUUCUCAUUAUGGUUCAUGAUUGAGCCUGUGGCUCUCAUUCUCGCUAUCUCAUGUGUGUUUCCUAAAAUGGACAGUUCACUGAUCCUCAAUGGUCUCCAGCUUCUGACAGCAUUUCUUGGACAUACCUACUUUCUCUUCCUAACAAUGCCUGUAACACUCAACAAGAGUUUCCCAUUUCAUCUUCCAGUCUCAAAGGUUGGAGUCCUGCCUCCUUCCGAAGGUGUUGGGUCUCUCUAUAAACCCUCCGAAGAACACUACGAUGUAUUCUCCAAUGGUAGCCCUAACUCGGCCAGAGGAGCAGUCAAAUCUGUCAAUUCUUGCUCUUCAGACCCUAUCAUACCACCCCCAGUCUUCCUUCAUGAAGCGUCAUUUGAUGAACAGAGAAGGCAGAGUGUCAAUACUCGUGUUGCUUCAACGAUGCUGACAAGACUAGCAAUGCCCACCCCUCCCAAAGAAUCUAAAAGUGAACGAGACCAUCUUCCAGUGACCAGCCCAUCGGGUGGUUUCUCUGUCUUCUGUGCGAUGGCUGAAACAUGCAAUCCACAACAGUUGCCUUACAAGAUGACACCCAUCCUUCCAUAUGAUGAUAGCAAUGAUGAUUUUGAUGAUAUCGGUGAUGAUAUCAGUGUUAUGUCGCUCGGUUUAGAUGUAUUCAACAAACCUCUUCCCGGCGAUGACCUAAACAGGAUUCCCAGAUUUCCUCCGCCUACCAAACUCCCUCAACUCAAGAUACCAGGAAAGAAGAGGCAUUCACGGUCGCCAGUCAAAACUCCAAGAUCUAAUGAUUGGAAGCAUAUUUUCCAAGGUCCCACAUCAAAGCUAGCAUGGUCUGGUUCCGUUAAGAAGGAGAAGAAGAGACUGAAGCGUCUGUCAAAGCUCGCCAAGUUCUCUGAAAUGAAGCUUCCAGGGAUAAAGACCACAAGAGUAACCAAGAUAGAUCUUUAGAACUUGAUGCUAACAGCUCCUGGAAUUGGAUCUCUCCUAAGUUCCUGUAUAUCAGUUGAGAUCUCCUCUACUUGUGUU